AUGCAAGACAACUCAAGUCAUUCCAGAGAGUCAGCUUCAGCUGGUGAUGAUCCUCUUGGAAUUGAUAAGUUGACAGUCGAUUACGAUUACUUACUUUAUAAAAUAAAAGACUAUGUACAAAGUAUACAAUUGGAUACUACGGAGCUAUGUAAAAAGCAAAAUGAAGUGAUGGUAAAUGGUAUUAUCGAAAACACCAUAGAUAAAAAUAUUGCGAAGUUUAAACAGCUUCUUGAAAAGUGCGAUACAUUAGAAAAUCAUUAUGAAAUGUUAAACCAACUGGCGAUGAUAACGGAUACCUUCAAGGAAAGAAUUGCGGAGGCCGUAAAUGAUUACAAUAGCAUAAAAAAAGGCGCUAGUAAAUCUAAAUAG